AUGGUUGUUCGGAUAGCGUGCCCCGAAUUAGGGUCGGAAGGUGAUAUGGUAUUGAAGCUUUUUGAUCGACGCUUUGCAGCGCAGCUCCGGAAAGAUGAAAAGAUUCGUCCCUGGACUUUCGGCAUAGAGAAAGAGUAUCAUCAAUUUGCCGUUGAUGGUGGUGCAUCCCAUUUCAUCACUGAAAUCAACAACAACGGCGAGAUUGCUCAGCAGGGGGAAACAUGGAAUAGCUCCCAGGACGAAGCAUAUCUUCAUGACCAUUUAUCCGACCUGUAUGAAACAGAGGCCCGGGUAUAUGAAGCCUCACGAGAUAUGCAAGGGACCGAUAUCCCUCAAGUGAUUGCAUAUGUGAAACUUCCAAUCUCAAGUCUGGUGGAAAUGGAGCCAGACAGUCGGUAUGUCGAUGUUUGUGGGAUCCUUCUGCAGUAUAUUGAAGGAUUUCCUUUGACCGACCUUGCCCAUCACACACCAAGAGAUUGCUGGCAAAGUAUCUGCGAAGAAGCAAUUCAGAUACUUGAUCGGAUGGGCGAUCGCGGGAUAUUGAACGAGGAUGUCAGGACGCGAAGCUUUAUUGUGAAGAAGAAUGUCCUGGCGCAAAGCGGAUACAAAGUGGUCAUGAUUGACUUUGCGCUCUGCAAUUUCCGCGAGGAUUAUGCAGACGAAGUUGAGUGGAGUGAAGAGAAAGCCAUACAGGACGAAGAAGGAGCUGUUGGGCUUAUCAUGCAAGAUCGCUUGAAAGGUGGUUUUGUUUACCGUCGAUCGAAUCGGUACAAGAAGCCGGCUCACUAUUAUGAGUGA